GGUUACAAAAAAAUUUUGUUAAAUAUAUAUUAUUUUUUUAUGAAAAAAAUGCCAUUAAUUAUCAUAACAGGAACUCCUACAAGUGGAAAAAGUACUCGGGCACUAGAAUUAAGAAAAUAUUUCAUUGAAAUUUGUGAAAAAAAAGUAGAUAUAAUUAGUGAAAUUCAAAUAAUUACAAAAUCAGGUUACAAUAAAAACAUUCUCUAUGCUGAUUCAAAAAAAGAGAAAGCUAUCAGAAAUGAUAUAAGGUCUAGUACUCAACAUUUAUUGAAUAAAAAUGACAUUCUGAUAAUUGAUGGAUCUAAUUACAUUAAAGGAUAUCGUUAUGAAUUAUAUUGUUUAUCAAAAUCGUUAAAAACUCCUCAAUGUACAAUUUACUGUGAAGUUCCUACUGAACAUUCUUGGCUCUUAAAUGAACAAAAGCCGGAUGAUGAUAAAUAUUCCCGUGAAAUAUUCGAUUCUUUGAUUACAAGGUAUGAGCCUCCAGAUAGCAAGAAUCGAUGGGAUGCUCCAUUAUUUUCGGUUACACUACACGAUAAACUUCCUUUAGAUGAUAUUUAUAAAUCACUUUAUCUUGUUAAGCCACCGAAACCAAAUAUGAGCACAGAACCUGUUCCUUUACUGUCGACGAACACAUUAUUUCAACUAAAUAAGAUAACACAAGAGAUAAUAGACGAAAUUUUGGAAGCAGAAGCAUUGGGCAUUACUAGUAAUAUUAAACUCAAAAGAUUUAAUUUAUUCGUAGAACGUGGUGCUAGCGCUUCCCAAUUAUCCAGAUUGAAACAAAGCUUUUUAAGUUGCAGUAAAAUGUUACAAAUGAAUACCGAAGAAAUUCCAUUUUUAUUCGUGAAAUUUUUAAACCAGUAUUUAUAAAAUAUUAAAUUAUUUAUAAUUUACUUGGUUGAAUAUAAACAAUAUAUAAUAAUAAUAAUAUAUAAA